AUGUAUGCUAGUCGAGAGGAUAUUGGAUAUGAUUUUGGAGAGGACUCAAAAGUUGGAAGUAAGCCAGCUAAACGUAAUCCAAACAUCGAUGGAGGAUGGGCUUGGAUGAUUGUACUUUCCUCUUUCCUUGUGCACAUACUCAUCAUGGGUUCCCAAAUGGCCCUUGGAAUACUCAACAUGGAAUGGCUUGAAGAGUUUAAUCAAAGUCGUGGCUUAACAGCAUGGGUUAGCUCCCUCAGCAUGGGCAUCACGCUUAUUGUAGGUCCUUUUAUUGGUUUAUUCAUCAGCAUGUGUGGGUGCCGCAUGACAGCCAUAAUUGGAGGGGUACUGAAUGCCUUGGGUUGGAUACUGAGUGCUUAUGCCUCAAGUGUGCACUACCUCUUCCUCACCUUUGGAGUGACAGCUGGCAUUGGAAGUGGCAUGGUUUAUCUGCCUGCAGUGGUCAUGGUAGGGCAGUAUUUUCAGAAGAGAAGAGCACUUGCACAAGGGCUCAGUACCACAGGAACAGGAUUUGGAACUUUCCUAAUGACUGCCUUACUGAAGUACCUCUGCUCUGAAUUUGGGUGGAGGAAUGCCAUGUUCAUCCAGGGGGCCAUCUCCCUGAACCUUUGCGUCUGUGGAGCACUUAUGAGACCACUCCCUCCCAAAGACCUCCGUGAAAAAUAUGUGGUGAGAAGUGAUAGUGAAGAAAACCGGGCAAAAGCUCAGUCCCAUUCUACAGAGACUAUAAAAUCCAAUGGAGUCCUCGGUGAAGAACCAGAGAAAAAAGAAGAGGCAGCAAAUGAAGAAGUGCCUGUCAGUGUGCAGCACGCAGAAAUUGGAGGUAAAUCGGGAAGUGGAAGGAGCAUGUAUGGACUGCGCCUCUUCAAGACAGUGAGCCAGCUGACAGUUACAGUCAGGAAGGGCUUUGCACUCUGGUACUCCAGCUACUUUGGAGCUGCAUCACUGUUUACCAAUAGAGUAUUUGUGGCCUUUAUCAUUUGGGCUUUGUUUGCCUAUAGCAGCUUUGUCAUUCCCUUUAUUCACCUUCCAGAAAUAGUCAAGCAGUACAACUUAUCUAGGCAGGACAAUGUAUUUCCUUUGACAUCCAUUAUAGCCAUUGUUCAUAUUUUUGGUAAAGUGAUCCUUGGAAUCGUCUCUGAUCUCCCAUGCAUCAGCACAUGGAAUGUCUUCCUCAUGGCUAACUUUACCCUGGUCACCUGCAUUCUUACUUUGCCACUAAUGCAGACAUACGUUGGCCUGGCUGUGGUUUGUGCUCUAAUAGGAUUUUCUAGUGGCUAUUUUUCUCUAAUGCCUGUUGUGACUGAAGAUUUAGUUGGAACUAAACACCUUGCAAAUGCCUAUGGCAUCAUCAUUUGUGCCAAUGGAAUAUCUGCUUUGUUUGGACCACCCUUUGCAGGUUGGAUCUAUGACAUCACACAAAAAUAUGAUUUUUCUUUUUACAUAGCUGGAUUGCUGUACAUGGUGGGAAUAAUAUUUUUACUUAUACAACCUUGUAUUCAAAUGAAACAGCCAAGAGAAAAACCUACAGAAGAAGCACAAGUAUAG